CAUCUGCCGGUAGCGUACUCACACACCGACUGUUGGAUUUGUACGUGGCGCUUUAGGAAGCAGUUGAAGCGUUCCAGGAGAACCAUAGAUCCAGAAGAACCAUAGAUCCAGGAGAACCAUAGAUCCAGGAGAACCAUAGAUCCAGGAGAACCAUAGAUCCAGAAGAACCUAGAUCCAGAAGAACCUAGAUCCAGGACAGCAGGUGUGUGGGGAGGGAAACAGACACGAUGUCUCCUCCUCGACUCACAGGAGCACUUCGGUCCUUCUCCAGUGUCAGCAAGAAGGAGGACUUGAGCGAACAGCUCUAUGAUCUAAAGGCCAAGCGUCUGAAGAGACAGGAGCUGUUCGCCAGAGACGGCCUGACGUGGCAGAAGAUUGUCCAUUUCUGCACCGAGCAUCAGGACAAAAGUCAGCAGCAAGCUGCCAGCCAGGAGCUGAAGAGCCUGCUCCUGGCAGCCAAACAGAUGGGUAAGGAGCUACACCUCAGCUGUCUGUUUGAGCUGCUCGGCCCAGAGGGGCUGGACAUGAUCUCAACCCUUCUGCAGCGAAGGGCGGCCAUUGUUGACUCCCUCCUCCGCAUCCAACCUGACAGGACUGUCUAUCCAUCAGCAUGCGACUGGUCCGACAUGCGACUGGUCCGAUGUGCGAUUGGUCCAACAUGCAUCUGGUCCGACAUGGAUCUGGUCCGACAUGCGACUGGUCCGACAUGGAUCUGGUCCGACAUGCGAUUGGUCCGACAUGCAUCUGGUCCGACAUGCGACUGGUCCGACAUGCAUCUGAUGCUGCUGCCCGAGGGAAUCCGCAGAGACAACUGUAAGAUGUACGAAGAAGUGGAGAUCCCACCCAACGAGCCCAUGCCUGUUGGCUUUGAAGAAAAGCCCGUCUACAUCUCUGACAUAGACGAGAUUGGGCAGCUGGUGUUCAAGGGCAUGAAGCGCCUGAACAGGAUUCAGUCCAUAGUGUUCGAGACGGCCUACAACACCAAUGAGAACCUGCUGAUCUGCGCUCCAACCGGUGCUGGCAAGACCAACAUCGCCAUGCUGACAGUCCUCCAUGAAAUCCGUCAGCACUUGCAGCCCGGUGGCGUCAUUAAGAAAGAUGAAUUCAAGAUCGUAUACGUGGCUCCGAUGAAAGCCUUGGCGGCUGAGAUGACGAACUACUUUGGUAAGAGGCUGGAGCCCCUGGGCAUCACCGUGAAGGAACUGACUGGAGACAUGCAGCUGAGCAAAGGAGAGAUCCUCCGAACACAGAUGUUGGUGACCACUCCGGAGAAGUGGGACGUUGUGACCAGGAAGAGUGUUGGAGAUGUGGCUCUGUCACAGAUCGUACGGCUGCUCAUCUUGGAUGAAGUCCAUCUAUUGCAUGAAGAUCGAGGCCCAGUUCUUGAGAGUCUGGUGGCCCGGACCAUCAGACAGGAAGAACAGAGUGGUGAAGACGUCCGAGCAGAGAAAGCAGCAGCAGCACUGAAACACAGCGGCAGCGACGAGCUGCUGUGCUGA